AUGCCGUUUUCCCAUCUCUCUGACUUUGCCAAUCGCAGGUAUCUGGUGUUUGCAGCGGUGGAGGAGCAGCUCACCAACGCCAAGAUCCAUGUCAUUGAGGCCGCACGGGUGGCCAGAGAGACCAACCGCAUCCUCGUGCUGCCCAAGGGGUCCCACAGCCAUCUGUCGCUGGGUCGAUCCAUGCCCAUGUGUGCCUACUGCGACUUGGCUUAUCUCAACGCCACCGAGUGGGUCUCCCCCGAGUUCUUUCUUCUCCUCGCCCGGGCUGCCUUCGUCAAACCCACUGUCAGCUACCUCUGCGUUGACACUCCCGAGCUCGGCAGACCCUGCUUCGGCACAACGGAAAUUGCAGGGAGUCUGGGGGCAGUGUUCACGCUGGCCAUGGGGCACGUACCCACGGGGGGCAACACCAUCUGGCUACACAUGCCUGCCCGCUUCGACCAGAUCCAGUCCCUGCUCAACGCUUGGAAGCACAGGGAUGUGAUGAUAGACGCCAAGAACACAUCCGAGCAUAUCACCACCAACCACAAUCCCAUUUUCUCAUUUCCCUACCGGCCUCCUCCCCCCAGGAAGCACUGGGACGUGGUGGUGAUGUACCCCAAGAGCACAUACAUGGAGGGUAGUGCGCGGGGCAGGCGACAUGGCGCACACCAUCCUUUCACACACCUACCAACCACAAUCCAAGCUCUCAUCUACAUUCAUCCUACUGGGGAAGCACCCACUGGGGAAGCACAGGGACGUGGUGUGGUGGUAUACGCCAAGAACACAUACGAGCGAAGCACAGGGACGUGGUGGUGGUAUACGCCAAGAACACAUUCGAGCAUUGAGGCGCCUCAAAACUCUACCCCCCUCUCCGGGAAGCACAGGGACGUGGUGGUGGUGGUAUACGCCAAGAACACAUACAAGCGUUCUGUUUGCAAGACGGGCGACAAGGAGCAUGCACUGCUGCCGUCUGCCCACGAGUGGCCUGGUCUCUCGUCUCUUGAGGCGCCUCAAAAGUUGAAGCACAGGGAUGUGGUGAUAUACGCCAAGAACACAUAUGAGCGUUUCGAUCGGGAAACAGACGACAUGGCGCAUGUGUUGCUGCCGUACGCCCGAGAGUGGCACCUCGCUGCCAAGCGCAUCGUGGCCCGCCUUCCGAAACCCUUCAUCGGCGUCCAUUAUCGCUCCGAGUUCAUCGCCUUCCGACUGGUAUGCUGCCCCUUCUUUGCUGCUGAGGCUUUGAGCGUUAGACGGGCGACAUGA